AUGGAGGAAACACAGCUGGGCUGGAAUGACUCCACAGAUAUCCUUCAAGGCAUCAUGGUUGGAAACGAAGGACACGAUCUGUCUGAACCUAAAUCCUCAACUCUCCCCUUCGACGCCGCAAACCCACUACUAGACCUCCAACUCGGAUCACUCGAUCCAACUCUUCACCACUCACUCUUAAGCCAGUGGCCUUCACACUCCCGAGACCUAUACUACUCCCAGUAUACUCACUCCCGUCUGACAGGCGACCAAGAUGCCUGGAAUCCGCUGCUGGUCACCGGUGUCCCAGCCACCUCGUCCAUCCCACAUAUGAACAUGCCUGCCCAGAUGCCUGAUCAGGACUGCUGCUUCUCGCAACAGUAUAGCGAGCCUUCUGAGAGCGGGAGCCAAUAUAUGGAUAGCUAUCACUCUGCUGAUUCCGGGUACGGUGGGGCUAGCUGUGCGACGCAAUCUGUUGUUGCUUCUUCGUACAACAUGGAUUCAUCGAGCCCACAGAUGGACAUGACAGACAAUAUGUCCGCUGAGUUAGGGCCUUCGUUUGACCAUCCUAAGUAUGGAUCUGUGUCUGAGGCAUCGUACACAUCGGAGUUUAUGGGCUCGCCAUCGCAGCUGGUUGAUGCCUCAAUGCGAUGCGAGCAUCCAUCGUGCAAGUGGGUUGGGAAAUGCCCCUCGGACAAGAGGAAACACGAGGCUCGCCACAAGAAGUUGUUCAAAUGCGACGUGCCAAAUUGCCCGCGGAAGGACGGGUUUGGCACCAUCAAUGAUCUUGCCCGUCAUAAGAAGUGCGUUCACAAUAAAGAGCCCGAGCGUGGGCCCAAGAUGAUGUACAUGUGUUUCGGGACAAACUGCCCGCGUCCUAACAAGAGGUGGCCGCGCUUGGAUAAUUUCAAGCAACACCUGAACCGGAUGCAUCAUGAAGAGGAUGGGGACACACUCCUGAAAAGGUCCAUGGAUUGGUAUGAAAAAGUCAUUCUCCGCCGUCCAGAACAGAGCCUCGACAACCGUAGCCCAAGAGAUAAUUCGGCAUUCGAAGCGCAGGAAGACGAGAUGUCCGUCCAGUCAACCCCCGAUAUCGAGCCAGAAUAUGGUUCCAGGUCGCAACAGGACACCGAUAUCUUCACAUUUGGUGCUGCCACGCCGAGACCCUCUCAAUAUGGUAUGCCGUCUCUCGUAGACUCUGUACCUUCUCAAUUCCCCGCUUUUACCUCUCUGGGGUUGUCCACGAGUCAAACCUCACCCACUGAACGAGGGAUCACAAGGCCCGAUGGAUCAGUUACAGACGCAGCUGAUAAUUUAAUCAACGCCAUGACGAAAAUGAUGAACAGUCGCGGGCGGAGAUUAAGUCAGAAUACCGACGAGGGGAUCGACCUCGAGACUGACGCAGCUCAACUUUCCCAGCCUCAGCGGCAGAUGCUGCAAAAGGUGCUCUCGGUGGCCUUGGAACGAUUAUCUGACGACAACGAAGCCACCGCACAAGAUCCUGAUAGCAAGAAACACGGCUGGUUCCAAUGUGACGCGUGCCCAAAGCAAACCCGGCUCCGCUGUGAAAUGAAGAAGCACCAAAAGCGUCACGAACGACCCUACGGCUGUACAUUUCCUCACUGCGCCAAGUCAUUUGGCAGCAAAGCCGAUUGGAAGCGCCACGAGAGCUCCCAGCAUCUCAGUGUGCCAAGUUGGUUCUGCACAGAACAUGAUAUGCAAACAGGCGCCUCAUGCGAACGACUGUUCUAUCGACCCGAGACAUACACCCACCACCUGCACCAGCAUGGGGUCCAUGAAUAUCAAGUGGCAGCUUCGACUGGCAAUAAUCGGCUCGAUCUAGCAGGCCAGUCGCAUUUCUGGUGUGGGUUCUGUAACUGCAGAGUCCCGCUAAGGAAUCAUGGCCCCGAGGCCUCAGAUGAGAGGUUCAAUCAUAUUGAUAUUGAGCAUUUCAAAAAAGGAGAGAGAGGUCAGGACUGGCGAUUCCCGUCUUCUUCGCUUGAUCGAGACGAGAUGGAUCAGACCAAGCAUAUUGCCGUACAGACUUUUGACCAUAGUCGGAAAACUGCAGCGACUGGCGAGCGGAAGCGCAAGUAUUCUGCGGCGUGA